UUUGAAAGUUCAGUUUACAUAUUUUGUUAUUGUACACAAAGAUUGUAGUAACAUUUGCAAUUUCCGGAAUUGACUAUUGGCACACGGACUCGCAUAGGCUACAGUAAAUAAUUUUCCAUGACACUUGAGGGAAUGUACUUAGAAUUGUCUUUAGCCUAGUGUUGGAUAGCCACUGGGUGUGUCGUAUUCGCAAUAAUAAUAUCCCGGGAUAUCAGAUGUACUAUUAGUCAGAGUACAGAUUAAAAUGUGGCUAUGUCUAUAUGUCUAAAAAGGCGAGAAACGGAGCCCGUAUCGCUGCACUGUGUAAGGGGUUCACAGAAAUGUUUUUGAAAUGGAAGCUUCCCCAAUGCCUUCUCGAAACUGAAAAAAUGAAUUCAGAGGAAGUCCCCCUGGUAGAGAGAUAUGAGGCCUGCAUGGUCUUGAGUGGAGCAGGGGAUGCCCUCGGCUACAACCGUGGAAACUGGGAGUUUCAAACAGAUGGAGAGCUCAUUCACAAAGAGGUCAAGAAUAGAGGAGGUCUAAAGAAGUUGGAUGUCAAAGACUUCCCUGUUAGUGAUGACACCGUCAUGCACCUGGCUACAGCUGAGGCCCUGGUCGAGGAAGGGGAGAAGGAGAGGGCAUCCCUCCCGGUGCUGUAUCAGACCUUGUUGAAAAAGUACAUUGAAUGCAUGGGAGACAUGUAUGGAAGAGCAGCAGGCGACACCUGCAUUCAUGUUCUUGAAAUGCAGAAACGGAGAACUGACGGGGAUGUAAAGAUUCCCUUCAACAGGGCGGGUGGGGGAUGUGGGGCAACCAUGAGGGCCAUGUGCAUAGGCCUGCUCUUUCCCGAGCCUGAGCAGGAGGACCUGCUAAUCGCGGUGAGUGUGGAGAGCGGGCGACUGACCCACCACCACCCCACCGGGUACCUGGGGGCCCUGGCUGCGGCCCUGUUCACCGCCUACGCAGUGAGGGGCACCCUGCCCAUGGAGGCCUGGGGACAAAGACUCAUGGAAGUUCUGGGCAAAGCCAAGGACUACGUCAGGACAUCUGGGAACUGUGUGGAGGAGAACAUGAAGCACUGGGACCAUUUUGAAACUCAGUGGAAAGCGUAUUUAAAAAAGAGAGAUAUUCUGGAGGGGAAUAGAAAACCUGUGUUCCCAGUGUGUUACGGAGUGAAGGAGAGGGAGCUCUUUUACAGCGAGGUGAGCUACUCUGGCAUUGGUGGUGCCAGUGGGCAUGAUGCUCCCAUGAUAGCUUACGAUGCCCUCCUGAGGGCAGGCGACUCCUGGGUUGAGCUGGCCAAUCACGGAUUCUUCCACGGCGGAGACAGCGACUCGACGGCAGCGAUCGCGGCUGCCUGGUGGGGUGCACUGUUUGGCUUCAGAGGCGUGCCAUCUAUCAACCACCAGAAACUUGAAUACAGAGACAGGCUAGUCAGACUAGGGCAACAGCUGUACAGUCUCAGGGGAAAACCCGUUGCUAGUAUGAGCCAGCCAAUUUGCUGGAAAGAGCCUGUGACAGUCAAUCAAUCAAAUGUAUUUAUUAAGCCCUUUUUACAACAGCAGUUGUCACAAAGUACUUUACAGAGACACCCGGCCUUAAACCCUAUAAUGAUCGACCAAUGUAAAUGGAACCAGCAGAUUUUACAGGAGGAAAACAACCUAUGGAACUGCUGCCUUCUUGAGUGCAUGCUUGGCUCGAUGCGCUUCCGACUGCUGGAGCUGGAAGCUCCCCUCACCGAGGUGCGCAUUGAGCAGGCGAUUGUGGAGGCGUGUGGUCACCGUCAGAUCACCGGGACCAAGGAGCUGCUGGCCCGGCCCCCUCGGGUUAUGGAGACCCAGAGGCCUCCCCAGGAAAUGUUUAGGGGGGGGCUGAGUGGGUGCUUGAGGGUGGCCUUGGCAGCACACCCUCUAUGUCCGGUGCCAGCUCCAAGGCGCCGGCCAGCGCCCCCUGCUGUCCUGAAGCCACUGAAGUCUGCCGAGGAGUGGCCUGAGCCUGCCAAGGAGUGGCCUCAGCCGCCUGAGCCUGCCGAGGAAUGGCCUGAGCCGCCUGAGCCUGCCGAGGAAUGGCCUGAGCCGCAUGAGCCUGCCGAGGACUGGCUGCCUUCCGCCGAGGUCUGGCCGCCGCCACCCUCUCCUGUCCCGGCGCCCUCUCCUGCCCUUGCCGCUCCGCCGCCCUGGUCCAUCCCGGCUGUUCCGCCCCCUUGGCUGGUUUAUGCCGGAGGGGGUUCUGGGUUCGUGUUGGCCUGUCCGGUGGCCGGGCCUUUGGGGGGGUGGCUCUGUCAGGCGACCAGACAUGCCCGGUUGCCUGGCAACCCUGUCUCCAUGCGAGCAUAUGAGGCAGUGAGUGAUGGGAUCACUGUGUGCUCGCUCAAGGCCUAG